GCUUCGCGCCCGGCUCGCCCGGCUUCCCGGCUCCCCUCGCAGAGGACGGCGCGGCCAUGAGGCUGCGGGGACGCGGUCCCCGAGAUGCCCCCGCCUCCAGCGCGGGGGCCGGCGACGCACGGCGGCUAGCGCCCCCGGGGCGGAACCCCUUCGUGCACGAGCUGCGUCUCAGCACCCUGCAGAAGGCCCAGAUUGCGGUCAUGACACUGACGCUCUUUCCCGUCCGGCUGUUGCUUGCUGCCUUCAUGAUGCUGCUCGCCUGGCCCUUCGCACUCGCUGCUUCCCUGGGACCUGCUGAGAGGGACCCAGAACAGCCCCUGGCCUUGUGGCGGAAGGUCGUGGACUUCCUGCUCGUCGCCAUCAUGCGUACCAUGUGGUUCAUUGGCGGCUUCCACCGGGUGGCCGUGAAGGGGCGGCAGGCCCUGCCCACGGAGGCGGCCAUCUUCACCCUCGCCCCACACUCCUCCUACUUCGAUGCCAUCCCCGUCACCAUGACCAUGUCCUCCAUCGUGAUGAAGGCAGAGAGCAGAAACAUCCCGAUAUGGGGAACUCUGAUAAAGUACAUACGGCCAGUCUUCGUGUCCCGGUCAGACCAGGAUUCCCGAAGGAAGACCGUGGAAGAGAUCAAGAGACGGGUGCAGUCAAACGGCAAGUGGCCGCAGAUAAUGAUUUUUCCAGAAGGAACUUGUACCAACAGGACCUGCCUAAUUACCUUCAAACCUGGCGCCUUCAUCCCGGGGGUUCCUGUCCAGCCUGUGGUCCUGCGGUACCCGAAUAAACUGGACACCAUCACGUGGACCUGGCAAGGCCCCGGAGCAUUGGAAAUCCUGUGGCUUACCCUCUGUCAGUUUCACAAUCAAGUUGAAAUUGAGUUCCUUCCAGUGUACAGCCCUUCGGAGGAGGAGAAGAAGGACCCGGCCCUGUAUGCCCGCAAUGUGCGAAGCGUCAUGGCCGAGGCCCUGGGCGUGUCCGUAACUGACUACACCUUCGAGGACUGCCAGCUGGCCCUGGCGGAAGGACAGCUUCGUCUCCCUGCAGAUACCUGCCUUCUAGAAUUUGCCAGGCUGGUGAGGAGCUUGGGCCUGAAACCAGAAAAACUUGAAAAAGAUCUGGAUAGAUAUGCGGAAAGUGCCCGGAUGAAGAGGGGAGGGAAGAUGAGUGUCUCCGAGUUUGCAGCAUACCUGGGAGUCCCUGUCUCGGACACGCUGGCCGACAUGUUCUCCCUGUUUGAUGAGAGCGGGAGCAGCGAGAUGGACCCACGGGAGUAUGUGGUUGCCUUGUCUGUCGUCUGUCGGCCGGCCCAGACCCUGGACACCAUGCAGCUGGCAUUCAAGAUGUACGGGUCUCAGGAGGAUGGUAGCAUAGACGAGGACGCCCUGUCCAGCAUCCUCAAGACGGCCUUAGGGGUGGCGGAACUCACCGUGACUGACCUCUUUCAGGCAAUCGACCAGGAGGAGAAGGGGAAGAUCACGUUUGCCGACUUUGACAGGUUUGCAGAAAUGUACCCCGACUUCGCAAAGGAGUAUCUGUACCCUGACCAGCUGCCUUUUGAGAGCUGUGCACAGACGCCCCCGGCCCCCACCCCCAACGGCUUCUGUGCUGACUUCAGCCCUGAGAACUCGGAUGCUGGGAGGAAACCCGUGCGUAAGAAACUGGACUAAGACGGAGGCGCCAGAGCGACGAGGCUGCUCCCUGGUGGUCGCCCCCCUCCACGUGGCUGUGAGCCUGUCUGCUGUGACCUUCCGGUUCCACUCUCCACACAGGCUGCACGGCCACUGUCCCAGGCCCGAGCUCCCGAGGCUGGGGCGUUGCCACGCUGCUUCCCUGUGAGGCACCGGCCUGCGGGCGCCUGCGGGGCAUCGGAAGGAAAACCUCGUUCAUGGCGCCUGGUCUCCUUGCAGUGAGACCGCGUGGGGCAUGUCCUGCCCAUCUCGGCCAGGCUCAGGGGUCACCCUCUUGGGCAGGUCCUUGGGGGCUGGGUGGACAGCAGGCGUGGCUUGUUUUCACCCGGGGUGCCCUGGCUUUAGAUUUUCAUCUCAUUCUUUCCUCACGGCCCACGGUCGGUUCGAGGCCGCACACAGGCGGGCAGCCUCCACGCACUUGGAAAUGGGACACGCAGCGUGUGUCCGAUGUCAGCACAACCCUCUGCCGACCACUGGCGUCACAGCGGCCGACCCGCCAUCUGGUUUUUAAACAUUUCUAUAUUUGUGGGAGUUCAUGAAUAUUUUAUAAACUUCAUUUAGAUAUUUCAGGAAACAUUCAGCAUUGUUUUUAAAAAACAGAAAAUUGUUUUUCUACUUCAUUUUCCUUUGAGGGUCAGAGGAUAUUUAUUUAUAGGCCCUAUUUUGAUAGAAUCUGAGGCUGUUUGUGGCUUUGACUUCACUUUCUCUCUGGCCUCUGUCUACCAGGUCAGUUCCUCUCCCGUUCAGGCCACCACGAGUACCAGCCCAGAACCGCAAUUUCCGAUCCUUAAUCCUUUUUAAUAAUCCCCCUCUUUUUUUUAUAAACGUUACCAACUUGGUAUUUCUGUUUUAAUACGACGUCACCUACUUCACUGUCGUGUCAGCUGCAAUGGAAGCAUUGGGCAUGGGUGGCAUGAGUUAGGCAGGAGGUAAGGCCUGGCCCGGCUCGACGGGGGUGUGUGUGGUUGUGCACCUCGAGCCCACAACAGCCCUGGACAGAUGCGCGAGUCCCACUCAGAGGAUGACCGUCUCUCCCCUUGGCUCAGGCUCUGGCGAGUAGGGUCAAGCAGAGAGAUGAGCUGCGUGGACAGGAACAGUGUGGAGGGGAGCGGGAGCGGGGGCAGCCUCGAGCAGACGUCCCUCCGUCAUGGCCACAAGGGCAGCAGCAGACAGGGAGGAUCGCAAGGCCCCUCCCCGGGUCGGGAGGAGCCGUGCUUCCUGGCACGAGACGGGACACUGUGGUGUUGCCUUUGUUCGUCCUGAAGCCACCUUGAUGCAUUUGUUUAGGACAUCAUUGGAACCUGUCCUUAAAGCACAAUCAUAACCACAGACUCCAGUUUGUGCCCUGAAGCAAAGCCACUAGGUUCCUUGGGGGAAAAGAUUUUUUUUUUUAAUUUCUAAAAUGAAUCAAAUUUUAUAUUUGGGGCAUCUCUAUUGAAGGUGACCACCAGGGCCAGAAGCACAGGGAAAAUGUUUACUAAUUUCCUGAGGCAUCAUGAUGUGUUCCUACCGGUCGCCGUUAGGAAAGCCCUCACUCCGGUUCGGCUGUCACCUCCCCUGUUCCAGCUGCUCACUGCCAGCCAGACGCAGACGGGCGGGCACUGAGGUCCACGCGGGCGCCCAGCUUGUCGGACACAACAGAAACUCAGAUGCAGCCUUGGUAGCUGAUGGUAUUUGAUUUUAUAAUCAUAACGCAUAAAGAUUCAUUUUUAAAAGAGAAAACGCUGCCAGUGACCAAUGAAGGAGGUGAGCAAACUGAGAUAUUCUGAGGAAGGGGCCUGAGCGUGUGGCUCUGUCCUCCGUGUCUGCAGAUGAAGGGUUUUUUGAAUGAAAUGCCGCUGUGCGUUUUCAGGAAAAAAAUCUCUGAUAAGCAGACUUUGAAUGGAUGUUUGCUCCUCCUGAUCCACGUUCUCUCUCAUGGUGACUCAAUGCCAUUCAGUACUGUGAGUGCACAUAGUGUCGGACUGAAGCCCCGCAGCGGGAGGCGAGG